UUGAGCGGAGAGUACCCCUAGGCCGCCCUCCCUUCCUCAGCCGUACAUCGAGCCUACUGUGAGCCUGGUUGAGCGCCAGGCCGGGGAGGGACCCGCGUCGCGAGUGGGCGAGGCGAGCUUGGACUCUGUGCUGGGGAGACUCGGAAGGCUUUCUGGAGGCUGUGACUUUAGGCAGAACUCUGAAGGGCAGAUUCAUUCAGUCACUGAACGGGUAUUUAUAUAAGCGCCCACUGUGUGCCAGGCCUUCUGGGUCUUACGGCCCUAGUGCUGCCGAUUUGUACCAAAAUCCCAACUUCUCCCCCCACCCCACUGCCCAAUAGUGCGCCCGCUCGACACAGAGGGCUGCCAACCACCCUGGGGGUCGGGAUCCUCGGGUCCUAGCCAAUAUCCUGCGACCCGCGUUUGCGCCCAUGCAGUCUGGAGUCCUCGCCUCCGGACCCCUCCUCAGUGUCGGGGAUGGGGCGCGGGGCCCCCAGAGCUGCGUGCUCGUCCUGGUCCUGUACGCAAAAGGCGCCCAAUGUUCAGACACACCCUCGGGCCGGCCCGGCCUGCAGCUCCCGUCCGGGCGAGGCGGAAGCGGCGCGGGACUACAUCUCCCAGCAUGCCCCCCGCGGCCCGGAGUGAGGCGAGGCUCGGUGAGUCAGAGCCGCACAGUAAAUAUUUGUAUUAGCCGGAGCCGGCUCGCUAAUGGUGGACGCGUGAGGCGGAGGAGCGCGCGGCGGCUGGAGGCCGGAGCGGGCAGGCGGCGGCGGCGGCGGCGCCAUGUCCGUGAACAUGGACGAGCUCAAGCACCAGGUCAUGAUCAACCAGUUCGUGCUGACGGCGGGCUGCGCAGCCGACCAGGCGAAGCAGCUGCUGCAGGCGGCCCACUGGCAGUUUGAGACAGCCCUCAGCGCCUUUUUCCAGGAGACCAACAUCCCCUACAGCCACCACCAUCAUCAGAUGAUGUGCACUCCCGCCAACACCCCCGCCACGCCCCCCAACUUCCCCGAUGCCCUCACCAUGUUCUCCCGUCUCAAGGCCUCCGAGAGCUUUCACAGCGGAGGCAGCGGCAGCCCCAUGGCCGCCACGGCCACCUCGCCCCCGCCGCACUUCCCGCACGCCGCCACCGGCAGCUUCUCGGCGCCCGGCUGGCCAACGGCAGCCUCGCCCCCAGGGGGCCCACAGCACCACCCGCUGCAGCAGCCGCCCCUGUGGACUCCGGCACCCGCUUCCCCGGCGUCAGACUGGCCGCCCCUGGUGCCCCAACAGGCCGCCUCGGACCCCAGGGCCCACCCUGCCAUGGAGGCCGAGAGAUAAGGGAGGCCCCUCCCCCCUCCCGGAGGCCAGGCCCCCUGGGGCGGGGGAGAGGACGUCUCUGCGGGCCCCCUUCACCCCGUCUGCACCCCCAUUCCCCGGAGCCCUGGAGGGGAGAGAUCGGGCCCUGGCGCCAGCACACAGGCUGCCCACCCCCGUGCCCGGCAGCACAGGCCUGCGGCACCCAGCUUUCACAGAUCUGCUCUAGAGUCUGGGUGCUGGGGAACAGAACUUCCAAGAACAAGCAGCCUUCGCAGAGGACGCGCCCCGCCCCAGGGGGCUGCGGAGGAUCUGAGGCGAAGACUUGGCCGGCUCCUGCCUUGGAGGCGCCUCGGCCGGCGGGCGAGAUCCCCACCCUCGGGAAUGCAGAGCCUUCUCCGCAUGUGUGCGUGUAGCUGUGUCUGUGUAUUUAUAUGUAUGUCGCUCUUCAAGAAGCAACCUAGUUUAUGGGGCAGCUGGACUUUGCAUGUUAGAGUGAACCCCCUUUCCCCUCGCCUGCCGCCGCCCCUCUCUCCAGGGCCCUGCCCCUCUCCCCGGCCCCCUGGGCAGCCAGCCUUGGUGUUCCCUGUGGAGAAAAGGAUUGUGGGAAACUCCAGGACUCUUCCCACCCAUCCCCCAGCACCUGCCUGCUGGGGCUGCCUGCAUGCCUCCCCCCAGAGCCCAGGGGGACCCCGUCCCCAGUUCCUUUCCCCCUUUUAACAAAGGAGAAGAAAGAGUUCCAAACCAC